AUGCCUCCAGCGGCCAUGAUAGGAGGCUCAGCCUCCUCGAGCGAGGUCACUCUCACAGAAGAGAAGCCAAUCGAAAAGUACCAGUCCCGAGAGAUUGGUUCAAGCGAAACAACCAGGCCAAAUGACAUGGACCUCGAGGCACAAGCCGGCCAACUGAAGCCCAAGUUGUUUGCCUCGACGCGCUAUGCCAUUCUCACCUUGUACCGACGCUUGUUCACGCUAGUCUUCCUAGCCAACGUCGCCGUUUUCGUGGCUGUGAUGGCAACAGAACAAAAGUUGUUAGCGCUGAUUAAUGCCACCGCCGCCAACCUGCUCGCUUGCGGUCUGGCCAGGCAGCCACUGGUCGUGAAUGCCAUCUUCAUAGUCGUGUGCUCGAUGCCGAGGUCAGCACCGAUGCCGCUGCGCAAGCUAGCAGCCAAGGUAUACCACUAUGGCGGCGUCCACAGCGGGUGCGGAGUAGCUUCGCUCGUCUGGUACUUGGGAUUCGUCGGCGUCAUGUCCCACCAGUACUGGGCAACCCCAAGUUUGGCGAUGAUCCGUCUUUCCGCCGCGCCAGUCACGCUAGCGUACAUCAUCCUGGUGCUGCUGGUAGCGAUAAUUGUGGUGGCACACCCCACGUUCCGCAUGAAAUGGCACGACUAUUUUGAACUCACCCACCGUUUUUCGGGGUGGCUGAUCGUAGCCCUGUUCCUGGCCCUGCUGAUGGUCUUCGCCCACGAAGCCAGCCAAUCCCUGCACCAACCAAUAGGCAAGUUCCUCAUCAACCUGCCAGCAUUCUGGUUCCUCGCCUUCACCGUCUGCUCCAUCGUCCAGCCCUGGCUCUUCCUCCGCAAGGUCGCGGUCAAGGCCGAACCCCUCUCAACCCAUGCCACCCGCCUGCACUUCGAGCACACAACAACAUCCUUCGGAAAGGGCAUCCAGCUAGCCAAGCACCCCCUCCGUGAUUGGCAUGGCUUCGCCACGUUCCCAGACACACCAGCCGGAACAACCGACGGCCCAGCCAGCUUCUCAUGCCUAGUCUCAAAAGCAGGCGACUGGACCAGCGACACAAUCAACAGCCCACCAACGCACCUCUGGAAACGAGGCGUGCUGAUAAACGGUUUCGCAUAUGCAAUGCGCGUAUUUAGCCGCGUCGUCGUUGUAACAACAGGCUCAGGCAUAGGCCCUUGUCUCUCCUUCCUGGGCGACGAGAACCGGCCCGCCCUCCGCGUCCUCUGGCAGACUCGUGCGCCGCUCAAGACAUACGGCGAGGGCGUGAUGGAGAUGGUGCAUCGCAUGGAUUGUGAUCCUGUCAUUAUGGAUACGAACCAGUGUGGCCGGGUCGACAUGGUCCCCGUUAUCUUGCAACAGAUUAGGCAAUUUGAUGCAGAGGCAGUGUGCGUGAUCAGUAACCCUGUGCUGACGGGGCGAAUUGUGUAUGAGCUUGAAGCACGAGGAAUCCCAGCGUUUGGGCCGAUUUUCGAUUCUUGA